ACUUUUAUCGCCAUUUUAUGUUACAAAUACACAGGAAACAGCACACUCUGGUCUGGCUUUGUCAACAAAUCGUCCGUGGAAUCUAUAUGUUAUCGUACGAUCUGAACAUCUAGAUCUAGUUCAAAUAAUAAAUAAAAUAGCUUUUGACAUCGUAAUCUCAUUAAUAUUGGCCUAAUAAUGGCCUGCGACUUGCCUUGUAUGUCUUACAUGGCGUUGUAUGUCAUAUCAAUGCAUAUUGUAAACAGUAACAGCAGAUCAAGUUCUUCGCAUCACUGGAAACUUAAUCUAGCAGCAGGGAAAGUUGAACCAGCCAAAGCAGAGUCAAGUCAAGAGGCAGGUUCUCCAUCUACAAAAUCAACUAGCGAUAAAUAUAAUAAUUCAAUAGAACUGCCCAGUGAGGAGGUUGAGGUCGAGGUCUCAGUUGAGGAUAGAAUGAUGGGGAUAUUAACUAAUAAAGAGGUGAAAGGGGGUGAAUGGGUAGUGACUUCCCCUGAUGACUCUGAUAGGCAGUAUGUAAAUAUAAAAAAUUUGAAGUCACAGCAUUGUGAUCGAGAUUUGCAACAUCCUAACAAGUGUUCAGAAUUUACAGACAGUAAUAAAUUAAAAGUGUCAAAAACUAAUCCCACAGAAAAUUCAGAUUGGAACAAAUCUACAACUAAAUUGAAACCUUUGAACUGUGGUAAAAAAGUCAACUCAACACAGUAUGACCAUUUACGAGGUAUAUCAGAGAGACAUCAGCAUACUCACAUCCCUGAACCUGAUGUGGCUAUGGUAUUCCAAACCAAUCACAAGUCUUCAGAAGUAGACAUGAAUGACUUGGAACAAAAGUUGAGACAAGCCAAAAGAGAUCUAGAGAGAGACAGCACAGGACAGAAACAACAGUCAGCCCAAGUGUAUAAUCUUAUUGGUAACUUUUGGCGUAUCAAGGGCAAUACACAGACCUCUAUAGAAUGUUUUCGAAAAGCAUUAAGCAUAUCACCAGAAGACCCAGAAAUACUUUUAAACCUUGCUAGAGUUUUAUUUAAUCUACAAUAUCUUGACGAUGCCAUUUUUCUAGCACGUCGCUCCCUUCACCUCCAGCCUUCAGGACAGAAUGCCUGGUUACAACAUUACACACUAGGUGAAAUACUCAAAUCAUAUGGACACCCUCAAGAAGCAGCAAUGCACUUUAACCAAGCACUCCUAUUGAACCCUGGCUUCCAGCCAGCAAGGUCCCAUCUCAGAGACCUGGACACUGACUCUCAUCCCUCAGUCACACACCUAACCCUGUUCAUCAUCCUUUUUUUAGUUGUGGGAGUUCUCUUCGGCAUUGUCACAUCUAUAGAAUCCAACUUUCAGGACACAUCUCUUAGCGACAGCUCCAAGGUUCAACAGAGGCAUUUCAACAGGGCAAUGGCUAUGAGAUCAAUUAAGCUGGGCAUCAACCCUCGCAUGUGUAGAAUAAGAAAAACUAAUUCCUGAUAGUGCUUCAUCACAGAUAUAUCACAUCCUAACAUUUUAAAACAAUAGUCACAUCUAUGCGGAAUUUCAACAUCCUGGUUCUCAAGUCAUUUUUAUAUUUCUUCUGCAUGUUGGUUUUGAGCCAUAUCUUUACUCCCUUGAAAAUCGUAUCAAUGGUAGUGCUUCAUCACAGAGAUUGUAACAUUGUGUUCUCUGUUAUUUUAUAAAAGAGACCCAUUAGCUUAGCUUGGUUUACUACUUGAGAGAUCAAGUUAUUGUUUUUCUACCCUUAUUUUUUGGUAUGGAGUCAAACCAAUGCUUGGUGACAUGGAAUCAUAUUUAUACAACUUGAUAAAUUUCAUUAUCAUCAAGACCACUGUACACAGCCUUCAACCCAAGUUGAAAUGGAAAUGUGAGCUAAAUUUAGUGAGGAGCAAAUCAGCUCUGAACAUGUGUUUAUCAUGUAUAUCUAUAUAUACAGAAAAUAGGGUAAUAUUUAAAAAAAAGGUGUUCAAAAAUAUAUUUGUAAUUGUCACGAGUGAAGAUUUUAAAGAAGGUUUUCUAAGGUAGCCUAAUUUGUUUUUGAAUAGUUGUCCCUUUAAGUUAUGUCCAAACAGAUUUGUUUUGCAUUUAUUUUCAUUCUUUCUGAAAAGUUCAUUAAAAAGCAAUCUUAUUUUUUCUUGUUAGAAGGGUCACCUUUUGUCAAAAUGUAUUCAUAAAAAUGAUUUGACAUUGAAAUGGACUUUUUUUUUAAGACUGAAGUCCUUGGUACCCAGUUUGUUCUUAAAACAUGUAGUCAAACAAAGAGAGGGCUGUAACUCUGCUCUGGAAUUCAUUCAGACUUGUCUAUCAUAGUAAUAAACCGGUGGAUUUUAGAGUAGUGAAUAGGACAUUUAUUGUACAAAAAUAGAUGUAGCAGCAUGAUUGAGUGAUGAUAAAGAAACAUCAGCUACCUCAGCUUGACUUUGUGGGCCUAGUUGAAAGUUAGCUAUAGAAAAUGGAUUAACAGUUAUUAUUUCAGAACAAAUAGGAAAUGAUCAUAACUUGGACAAGAAUUGACUAUUAGUCACCUUAAAAAUCAAAACACCCAGAUUUGAUUAGAAAGGCUUUCAGAAACUAGUAAAAGCUAUGCUAUCAUUUUCCCACCUGAAUGUUUGAUUUUGUCAGGCCCUAUUUUCUUCCUUUAAGGUUAAAUAUUUGUUCUGUGCAUUAUGUCACAUUAUGUAACUGAUACCCAGAAGCCUAGUGUUUAAAAAACAAUUUAACCUGCAAAGUGGCAGGAGAUCCUGGUAAUAAAGCUUUUUUUUAGUUGAUAAUUCAAACAACCCCAAUCAUCAAGUUUUAUGUUAAGACAUUUUCAGUUCAAUGAAAAAUAUACUCUGGUAGGCUGCCUAGAUCAUAAUCUGGAAGAUUUCAUUCAAAAAGUAUUUAUUUUUUAAAAGUCUAGAAUUCUUUUUUCCUUUUUUUUUUAAAUUUAUAUUAUAUGUUUAUGUGGUUUUAAGUGUCUACGGUUACUUUCUUUUCCCUACUCUCAUUAUUUUUAUCUCUGGCUUUAAGAUUGAAUCAUUAGUUUCAAUUGUAUUCCACUAAACAUAAAGCAUGUAUCAACAGAAAGUUUACAAAUUAUAGUGCAAGAUGGGAAACAUAUCUUUAAAUAGUCCUUAAAUAUUGCAGUUUUUCAAAAGAAAUAUGUAUAAAAAAAUUAACUCCUAUUAUGAUAAAUGCAACAUUUAUUUUUUAAAAUUGCGCUAGACAGUUAUCAGCAUUUUUUAAAAACUUUUAUAUGAGAAGCUCUUUUCAUGCCUCUAUAGAAUGAUACACUUAGCUAAUUCUUUUUAGUUAAAACCUAAUGUUAAAUAGCUAAACCUUUUUUUUUUUAAUAAUGACAUUUUCUAAUGAAAGAGUCAAUUACCUCAGUGCAUAAGGCCAACCAUGGAAAUUUAUUGUUUAUGCUUCUGUUCUAAAGGCAUUGAAAGAGAUAUUUUUUUAACUAGGCAAAAUAUUAUAUUUAUCUGUGUGUGUGGGGGGGGGGGUAAACUACUUGGCUAACUAUCAAGGGGGGUUUCCAGUUCAAAUUCUGACUUCAGAUGAGUUGUUUGCUGAGUGCCUAAAGGCAGCAUGGAAACCUUCUCCCAGAUUUCCUUUUCCCCCACAUUGCCACAAAAGAGAUUGGACCAUAGUGCAUUGAGAAUGCUAGAGCAUGAAAGUAAAGAUGCACUAUACAAAAGCAAUUUUAAAAACGUAAUGAUAAUCAUAAUUUUUUUUUUAGUAGAAGAUAACAAUUUUUAGAGUUAAACUUGGCUUACUAAUAAUUGAAAUAUGACCUAUUGGCUUAAUGCAUGUCUAGGCAUUAUUUUCCAUAAAUCUGCAAAUGUUUUUUCUUUCCAAAGUCAUUUUCUAGUUUCUGAUUUGUAAAUAGUUAUCAACAUGUGUGGGUAAGGGUUGUCUGGUUUGUUACUAUUGACUUUUAGAACUAAAUCCUUGACAUUGGUAAUGCUGUUGUUCGCCUCGUUGUUGUUGUUGGUGUGGGCAACUUCAAUACUCUCUGUGUAAACACAAAACCUUUCUUUCCUAUUUUGACAUUGAUGUAAUGUUGAGAUGCAAUACACUUUAGUUUUGACUGUCUCAUUUCUGUCAGUUUACAAGAUUUUUAUUUGUUGUUUUCAAUACAAUUGUUUAUUAAAUAGAAAUACAAUUGUUUAUUAAAUAGAAAUUUAAAUAUGUACAAAACUAACUUACUAGUGUAAGUGCUCCAUUUAUAAGCAAUCAGUUUGAAUCAACAUAUGACUAAAGCUGGUAAUUUUUUAUUUUUUUUUUAUAAACAGAAUAUUGAUCAUUAUUUUUAGCAUCUUUCCAGGCAAAAGUGAUGUUUCCCUACUUCCCACAAUUCCAGACAAAACUUCUUGAUAUUGCAUGGUUUAAAAAUAACUUGGGUAGUCAUUGAUAAGAUGCAGUCUUCCAUAGUUAUCCAUGACAUUGGAAAUAUAUUAAUAGCUUUAAUCCAAAGAAAAAAAAUCUACUCUCAGUCUGUGGUAAUGCUGUUGUCAAAGUAGCUUCUUCAAUAACUUAACAGUAAAGUUUGUAACUAAAAAAAAAAACUGAAAGUAUCUGACUUUGUUGUUAUAGAAUUAUUAUCCCUAGUAGUUUUCCUGACCAAAAUGAGAUGACCAUCAGAUACAUUUUGGUCAACACUGAAAUGAGAUUUUUUGUUCUUUAAAUGUUGAUGUAGAUAUUUUGUUGGCUUCUAAAAAAGAACAAAUACUUUUAACUCAGAACAAGUCACAAAAUGUGUACUGUUCAUGUAAAAAAUGUCUUUGUACAAAUGUUAAACACAAAAAAAACCUGUUUGCUCUGUUGUCAUUUCAUUUAAAAUUACAGUAUUACUUCUUUGUUAUGAUGCCCCAUCAAUUGGUACGGACACUGUGGCUUUAACAUUUUCAAUUUUGAUAGUCUUUUUUUUUCACACAGAUAUAGAGACCUAAAAGGAUUUUGUUUUUUCAUUUUAAUUUUUUUAUAACCAAAUGUGAAAUUGCAUAAAUCUUUACUCAAUUUCUCAAUUAUAGAUUUAUUUUUGAAACUUUUAAAGGUUAUAGAUUUAUAAAAAAACAAACAAACAUUUGUAAAUAUAAAAACUCUGGACAUUCGUAACUUUUUUAUGGGCCAUCAUGAUAUCUGAAUGAAAAGUUUCUAUUUGUAUCUUUCCAGUUGAAUCAAUAAAAACUAGGACUCUGUUCAACAAUCUAUACCGGUACAUUUAAUUUAUAUAUAUAUAUAUAUAUAUAUAUAUAUAUAUAUAUAUAUAUAUAUAUAUAUAUAUAUAUAUAUAUAUAUAUAUAUAUGCUACCAGUGGUAAAAUAAUUCCGGUCUGAAUUAAUUAUUUUUUUCCCAGACAAGACUUGGAAUUUAUUUGGUUCAAAGUGGUAAAAAUAACCAUAAAUAAGCUAGUCAUGUGCGGUAUUCUUAGCUUGACACUGUUAAGUCCAUACAGAGUUUUGCUAUUUGUAAUAUCUUUUUUUAUUUCAUAUAUAUAUAAAAAAUAUACAAGUUAAAAAAAGUGUUUGCUAUUUUGUAUUUAGGGCACUGACCAUUUUCAAUAUACAUUUUGCAGUAUAUUUUUUUUAUGGCCUUUCAGUUCAUCUGAGUGUUCAUCACUUGUAAGAAGACUUUCAAAUUUUAUGAAUUUUUAAUAAGGAUUUACACUUAAAUGCUACAAUCUCUUGGUUGAUCCUAUACACAUUUCAUCUCAUCACUUACCCUCCGAACUCACUUCCCACCAACUUGUCUUUUAAACAAAGAAUAUUGUAAUUAUUUUACUUUAUUGUACUGGCUGCCCCAUUAUGACAUUUAGGGCAUAACAGACUAGGUAAUUAUCUAACUAAUCAUUUUAUCAUUAAUCAGUUAACUUAACUAAAUUAUAAUGGAUGAUUUUAUUAAUUAUAUUAUUUAUUACUAAAUUAUACAAAAUAUAUUUAUUUGGGUCCAAAUAUUUUGUAUAUCAUUACAGUAAGUAAAUUAUACUUAAAAAAUAUAUAUUUAGCAAUAAUACUAUAGUUUUUGUAUAGACAUUUUGGAUCAUAACUCAAUAGGAGAAAAAAAAACAGAAUUCAUUUGCAUAAUUUAAAUUCAAACACAUGGAUCUCUAUGAUGUCUUGCUUUUGCCACAGUGAACUAGCUUGCUUUGUUACAAGUCUUUAGGUGAGACACUGAGACAGCUAUUCUCACACUUAUUUUUUGGUGUCUGUAGACAUGUCGGUUUACUUUUUAUGGGGUGGGGUGUGUUGUACCUGUGUAACCAUGGUGAUACUUGGUGUCAGAUGAAUAAAAAAAAAAUAGCAUUAUGUACAUAUAAA